CUCGGCGCCUCCCGGCCACCGCCUCCCGAGUGUCCGCGCCGCGCUCGGCGGGCCCCCGAGCCGCAGCCAUGGGGUGCUGGGGCCGCAACCGGAGCCGGCUGCUGUGCAUGCUGAUGCUGACCUUCCUGUUCAUGGUGCUGGAGGUGGUGGUGAGCCGGGUGACCUCGUCGCUGGCGAUGCUCUCCGACUCCUUCCACAUGCUGUCGGACGUGCUGGCGCUCUUGGUGGCACUGGUGGCCCAGCGCUUCGCCCAGCGGACCCACGCCACCCAGAAGAACACGUUUGGCUGGAUCCGGGCCGAAGUGAUGGGGGCUCUGGUGAACGCCAUCUUCCUGACCGGCCUCUGCUUCGCCAUCCUGCUGGAGGCCAUCGAGCGCUUCAUCGAGCCGCACGAGAUGCAGCAGCCGCUGGUGGUGCUCGGGGUCGGCGUGGUGGGGCUGCUGGUCAACGUGCUGGGGCUCUGCCUCUUCCACCAUCACAGCGGCUUCGGCGACAGCUCCGGCCACGGCCACUCGCACGGGGGCCUCCCCAAAGGGGUCCGCGGCAAGGGCAACCGCCCCGGGGACAGCGACACCAGCAUGAGCCCCGGCGACCAGAGACCCGACCAGGAGGAGACCAACACCCUGGUGACCAAUAGCAGCAACUCCAACGGGCUGAAACUGGACGGGACAGAUCCAGAAAAGUCCAGAAAUAACACAACGGAUGUACAAGUGAACGGGAAUGUUAUCAGAGAAGCCGACCAAAUGGAAAUAGAAGAUGGUGAUAAGGCCGGACAACUUAACAUGCGUGGAGUUUUUCUGCAUGUCUUUGGAGAUGCUUUGGGUUCAGUGAUUGUAGUAGUAAAUGCCUUGGUCUUUUACUUUUCUUGGCAAGGUUGUCCUGUAGGGAAGUUCUGUGAGAACCCGUGUACCCCUGACCCCUGCAAAGCAAUGAUGCAAAUAAUGAAUACUACUCAGGCAACAGUUUAUAAGGCUGGUCCUUGCUGGGUGCUAUAUUUAGAUCCAACUCUUUGUAUGGUAAUGGUCUGUAUACUCCUUUACACAACUUACCCAUUACUUAAAGAAUCUGCUCUUAUUCUCCUACAAACUGUUCCUAAACAAAUUGAUAUCAGAAAUUUGAUAAAAGAACUUCGAAAUGUUGAAGGAGUUGAGGAAGUUCAUGAGUUACAUGUUUGGCAACUUGCUGGAAGCAGAAUCAUUGCCACUGCUCACAUAAAAUGUGAAGAUCCAACAUCAUACAUGCAGGUGGCUAAAAUCAUUAAAGACGUUUUUCAUAAUCACGGAAUUCACGCUACUACCAUUCAGCCUGAAUUUGCUAGUGUAGGCUCUAAAUCGAGUGUAGUCCCAUGUGAACUUGCCUGCAGAACUCAGUGUGCUUUGAAGCAGUGUUGUGGGACUCGGCCACAAGCCCUUUCUGGAAAGGAUACAGAAAAGGCCCCAACAGUUAGCAUUUCUUGUUUAGAACUUAGUGACAAUCUAGAGAAGCCCAAGAGGACUAAAUCUGAAAACAUGCCUGCUGUUGUGAUAGAGAUUAAAAAGAUGCCAAACAGACAACCCGAAUCAUCUUUGUGAGUCUUGAAAAAGAUGUGGUAUUUGACUUUUGCUUUAAACUGCAAGAGGGAAAAGACUCCAUUGAAAUUCUAAGUUUGCCAAGUAGUGUAAUUGAAGUCCUUGUCUGGUCACACAGUUUAAUUCUAUUUUUGUAAGAACAUAAUGGGACUGUUUAACAGACUUCUGUAUUACAACUUUGUGAUUCUUAGUGCAGAGUACAGCUAUGCUGUAACAAUUUUGGAAAGCCAGUUCUAACACUAUGUUACAUUUUUGUUUAAAUAUAAACCUUAUAUAACAUAAUGACAUUUGAUUUCCAGUUUUUCCAUGGUGAAAAAUUAAUUAGGGGGAUAAAUAAAUUAAAAUUGUUACUGGAAUUUCUCUGCUUUUCUUUUCCCCCAGUGUUAUAUUUUGUUUAUUAAAAUUAUAAUUGCUAGAACUUUAAAAAAUCAACAACUUUGUUUCCUUUGAUACUUUAGGUAAUAUUUACUUGCUCUUUAAGGUCAUUAUAUAGCAUAGUGGCAGCAUCUUUUCAGAGUGACUGAUGGAUAUUAUUAGGAAAAGUUUCUUUUUUUCUUCAUAUGGGGUAUUUAUAAUACUAAAGAUCAGUUAUUAUCCUGUGUUGUAUAUUGCUGAGUAUUACUCUAAUAAACAGUGAGAUAUAAUUAACAACUUGAAUUAUAGUUUACACAUAAUAGGGCAUAUAGGGAGUAAGAGCAGGGAAGAAAGUUUACCAAAUUAAAUAUUUAGAUUAUUGUAAAUUAAUAUUGAGACUAUAUUUCUAAAUUCUGAGAGUCUGAACAUGUUUUUUUUCUUACCAGAGUUAGUCUAAAACAUGGACGUGUUUACCAGCAUUACUUGCUUUGAAAGAUUGGCAUCAGAAGCACAUUUAUACAGUAAAUGUUUUUAAGGACAUUAAACUCUAUCUAAUAAUUACAUGUUAAAUGCAGACUUACUAAUGGGAUCUUUUAAAAAACCUUUUCAGAGUUAGUCAUUUCAUAGUGACCCAUCAUGAAUGGAUUCAAAUGCAGCUUUUCAAACACCACCAGCAAUGCUUGUGUUUUGCCAAGAGCCACUGACUUAGGAGAAGAAAGAAAUCUGAAGGUUAAUGCAAUUUGGAUAUUAAAUUUUAAAGAAGCAAAAUGAGUUAAGGCAAAAUUAAUAAUUAAGAUUCUGUAAGUUAUCCUGUCUUGAUAUCACUCAGAUCUACAAUACCUACGCAGGAAAUAGUUCUUGGAUAUUUUAUUGUUGCUAUGGAUUUUGAAUCCACACACAAAUGUUAUUUAAGGCUAUUUAAGUUAUAUUUUUCUUGAUAGAGAGGGAUUAUGCUUUGUGAAGAAACUAGAUUUUUGUCCUCAAAAGGAUGAAUAUUAAUAUCAGUUAUCAUAUAUAGCUCUAUUUUUCUAGAAACAAGGUAUCCUGACUACUUCAGUGACUUUUAUAGCUGACUACUUUUGAGAUGGCCACCUUUUGGGAUUUGAAAUAAUUCAUUGUUUAAUGGGUCUUAAGAUGAAAGUGAAGGCCUUUGACAGUUAAAUUCUGUGGUAGAUGGUGUAGUUUUUUUCUAGCAUAAAUAAGCCUGUUGCUGGCAAUGGGCCUAUUUAAGAACAGCCGAUUUUUCCAAUGACAAUGAGGUAAUUUUAGAAACAGUUUGUAAGUUCACAUUUACUAUAAUGGGCCAAAACCAUAACCUGCCAAUCUGUAAUACAUCUUGACAUUUAAUACUCUUAUCUCAUAUUGUGGAAUUUAGUUCCUAAGCUGGUAGUUACUUUGAAUUUUGCAAACAAUUUUUUAAAACAUGAAAUUGGGGAAUUUCAUUGUUUGGGUAAGAGAGAAUUUCAAAUUGUACUGUAUCAUGUACAUUCCUGAUUUAACACUUUAAACUACAAAGCAUUAAGAUCUCAAAACAGUUUGUUAUAGAAACAUUUCAGUAAUGAUACAAUAGGAUAACUGGUAAAUAUAUUAGAUUCUAUGGGAUUUUCUUUACAAAUGCUCUAUUGAGUCUUUUUAAAAAGGUUGUAUAAUGUGUAAGACAUCAAUUGAACGAGGAUUUUUAAAAAUAGUGUAUAAGCUUGGGACAAGGGCUAUUUUUUUUUUUUUUCAAAAGUGCUUUGAAGGUAACAGCCUCUAGAUUUCAGUUAUUUCACGUUUCAUAAUUUUGAAGUAGCUUAUAUGUAACAAAGUGGUACCUUGGGAAGGUUCUCUUUUUUUCAAAGGUCUUUGUCAUAAUAGUGAAAUCAGUGGGCACUGACUCACCUUUUGAGUUUUAGCAGAGAAUUAUUUAUUUCUUUACAAUGCACUUUCUAACCCAUUUUUAGCUAUAUUAGCAUUAUCUUUUAAAAAUGCUUUUAUAUUUAAAUAUUGUGGGAUUUAGGUGUCUUUUCCAAAAUAGCUUCUUCUUUCCUGAAAGAAAAUGAAGGGAAUACCCUGAAUUAUUCGGAGACUUAAACCCAAUAUUUAAAUAUGCGGUUUUAUAACACGGCAUCAGUUUUAGGAGGUGCAUCUCUCCUGGCUCUUUUAUAUUUGAGCAAGAUCAGUGUAUUUAGAAUGUGUUUAGCAACUUGUCUAUUGUCUCGGUUUAGUGAGAAGGAGGUGCUGCAUGUACCUGAAUUAGAACCAACCAGAAAUUUUUCCAAGCCAAAUACAGCCUUAGUGAUGAGAGAUUUAAUUCUCCAUUGUCACCUUUUAGCUUAUAUGAAUGUAUAGGUUUUUUUUGAAGGGCAUACGCAUUGUAAAAGUAAGGACUAGAACCUAUAAGAAAAAAGUCAAAAAACUCUCAAAAACUUUGCUGUAUGUAUUUUAACAUUUUAGAAAACAAUGUUUGACUAAGGUAUGUAAUUUAAAUAGGAAAAAUUUCCAUCCUUUGGAAAAUCACAAUAGGUAGGAGACUAUGUUAACAUUUUGUAUCUUGUUAACAGCCUCAGUUAAUUUUGAACUCUUGAAAGUUUUGAGGGAAAAGGCCUAUGGAACCUAAUGUGAAGUAUUUAGUAGGCUGACUGGUAUUGAGUUGAAGAUUUUUACUGUCUCUAAGCAGAUAUCAUUUGAAUGAUAUAAUGUCAUUUACCUGCUGUCUUAAAGAUGUUCACAUACAUAAAUGUGGAGACUAGUUCUACAGUAUAGAUUAUUUAUUUUAUUAGCGUUUCAGUUAAGUCAUAAAACAGUGUUAAAACUCUUGGGAAGGUAAAGGGGUUUUUUUUUGUUUGUUUUAUAAAUUGCAACUGUCAAAUACAGUGUUUGACCAUCUGAAAUGGAAAUUGUAGUAGCACUAUUUUGAUGUAGCUAUACCAAUGCUGUGUGGCAAUGCUAUUUUGUUUUACUAACAAGCUCUGGAAUAUUUAGCAGUCGUUUUUACUGGCACAAGAGCUUUUUGUAUGUCAUUCAGUUUAAACUUUUAAACCAAAAAUUUUAUGGUCCAGUGUCUUUGGCAAAAAGAUACUGAAGAGAAUGUAACAUAAAAUUAAUAUGUGGUGAUAUAUAAAAAGACACAAAUUGCCACCUUAGGGUUCUGUCUUGAAACAGCACAAUGACUUGUACCAGUGUAUUCUGUGAUUCUUUAUGAAACUUCCAUGUUGUGUUGUUUUGUGUCUGCCACAGUCUGUCCUUUGGGCCAGAUGUGGCACAGUUAAAUGCAACUAUCAUCUCAUUAAUGCAGAUGCACAGAAGAUGUCUUUAGUGCUGCAACAUUUCACCUAACUUUUUGUAUGUUUUAUGACUGUGCAUUGUUUUCCAAAGCUGUUCCUACCUCAUCAUUGAGGCUUUAUGGAUUGUUAUGUAUUAUAAAUGUUCUUUAUGAGACAGACUACUGUGUUUCUUCUCAUUUAUUAAAAGUCAAGUAGAAAAAUAAAUUAAUUUUUAAAUAUC